CUCAAUCGAAAUCGUAAAAACAAGUGUAGUUAAAUUUUUACUGGAUUAUGGACUAUAAAAACUGGUAGCUGGAUUGAUAACGGAAAUUUAUAUGCUGUUAAAGCCCAUUGUCCUGUGCCACUGACGGGUAGUAGCUAAUUUUAGUUUUGUGGUCAAAUCAUUACAUGGCCGUGAUGUCCACAGACAGUGUUACAAUUUUGAAAUUGAUGUGUAAUGAAAAAUCGAGAAUACUGAUAUUACGGAGUGAAAUAUGAACAUUUUGUCAUCCUUUGAUGGCGAAUUCGAGAGUUUAGACUUGACUAGAGAAGGUGAUCACCCGUUUGAAAUACGGGAUCCUAGAGCCUCUAGACUUUUAUCGUGGGUUGAAAUCCCUGUGGGAAUCUUUGGAGACAUGGCAGGUGCCGAUCCAAAAUGGCAGAAGGACGCCGCCGACCAGAACUUCGACUACAUGUUCAAACUGCUAAUAAUCGGAAACAGUUCAGUAGGGAAAACCUCUUUUCUAUUCCGUUACGCGGAUGACAGCUUCACGUCAGCAUUUGUUAGCACCGUCGGUAUCGAUUUCAAAGUGAAAACCGUUUAUCGUCACGAGAAACGGGUGAAAUUACAGAUUUGGGAUACAGCCGGACAGGAAAGAUAUCGAACAAUCACAACAGCCUACUACAGAGGAGCUAUGGGAUUCAUUCUCAUGUAUGACAUAACAAACGAAGAUUCCUUCAAUAGUGUGCAAGACUGGGUCACUCAAAUAAAAACUUACUCCUGGGACAACGCUCAGGUAAUUCUAGUAGGGAACAAAAAAGACAUGGAGGACGAAAGGGUUAUUAGUUUUGAGAGGGGAAAACAGUUGGCUGACCAAUUAGGGGUUGAAUUUUUCGAAACAAGUGCGAAAGAAAACAUUAACGUAAAGAAUGUCUUCGAGAGACUGGUGGACAUAAUUUGUGACAAAAUGUCCGACAGUUUAGACACAGAUCCAACACUGAUGAGUGGUGGGGGUAAAGUUCCACGUCUCACAGACGCCCCACAAGGACCACAAGCUGCCAACUGCAACUGCUAAUAGAUCGACUCUAUAUAUAUGUUAAAAAUCAACUGUAUCCAAGUUGACCAGAAUUCAUUGAAUUACGUCUGAUGUUCUCUUCAUUCCAAAUCGAGACUGACAAUACGCAUGUCUAGUAUUCAAAUAAUAUUCAAUAUUCUAAGCCUUCGAGAUGUCAUUUCAUUUCUUCAUGAGGAUAUUUUAAUUUUUUCAUUCAAAUCAGGUGUAGAGGAAUAUUGAACCAAACUACACUGAACACACAAUAUAUUCCACAGUUGAAUAUUUCAAAUUGAGCUUGAAAUUUGGACAAAUACAAUAAAGAUGACUGAGGGUGGUUAUAUUUUCGAAAUACUUUUAUAAGAAAAUAGGUAACUAUUCUAAUUGUUAAAAUGUAAUUGUCGCUAUGAAACUCAUUGAGUUUGAUAAUUAAUUUAUUUUUACUUCUUUGCUUUUUUUUGUUUUAUAUUUAUAUAUUUUAAUAUGAUUAAAAUGGAGAGAAUCCUAAAAUGAGACAUGAAAUGAUGUUCCUCUGAGAACUACUCUUCAUUUUCGAUAAUCUGAUACCACAAGCAUUGAAACAAUUUUAAAUGUAUGUAUAUUAUGAAUCUUAUUCGAUGUGGAUAUUUUGGGAAUAUUCAACUUCAAUAAUAGCUCGUUUUCACAUCACAUUACAUCAAACAAUUGUUCGAAUUGUUUUACUGUUAACUCGACCUAAAACGAAUAAUUUGAGAGAUCUGUUUCAGAAUGAAAUUCAUCAUAUCGUAGUCAUAAAAAGCAUUCUUUUCAAGUUGAAGAGAUGAAGAUCACUUGAUACCAUACUCACAUAGCACAUAUUCACUAGUUGAAGUAUCACAUGAAGAAGUUUAUGUAAAAUAAAUAUUCUUUUAUAUGCUUAUAGUAUCGAGUGGUCGAACAAACUCAAGGUAUAUAAGAAAUGAUAAUGAAAAUGAUUUAGGAAGCUUGUAGAAUGAAAAUAUGCAAAAAUGUAUUGAUGAACGUGUAAAUAGAUAUAAUGAAUAUUUAAGUUUCAGUUGAAUGUCAGGGAUAUGACCCAAAUUUUCCGAAAAAAGGAUACAAUAUCCAAAUUCUCUUAAACUUAUACAAAGUGUUCUACAAGCUCUAUGACAAACUUUAAUAUAUAGUUCAUUCUGACCAUUUUUUUCCUAUGAACAUAGGUUUCAACAUGUUUGAACUCUAAGCAUUGGAUCAACUUUCAGCAACAUUAAAAAUUGUUCAAAAUGUCCACUUUCUGCUUGAACGAAAGCCUUAUAUUUACGAACUUCUUCACUUGCAUUGGUGAAUCUUGAAUUCUAUCGAAUAAUUGUGGAUGAGAUGUUAUUUAAACAUCUCUAAGCUGUUUUAUAUAUCCCAAUAAGUAAAAAUCUAACGUAUUGAGAUCCACUAAACGAGGUGGCCAUGGUAUUUGUCUUCCUUGACCUAUCCAUUUAUACGAAAAAUCUUCAUAUGACCAAGCGGCUACUUGCUGCUUGUGCUUGCAUCAUCGUGCUGAUAACUUGGAGAUCAUAAAUUAAGUAGUAAAAAUUGUGCUCCAAAAAUAAAAUAUAACUUUUGAACGAAAGCAGUUCUGACCUUUCCUCGUAGAAAAAUGUUCAGAAUCAUCAUAACUAUCAUCUGAAAGAGUUGUUCGAUGAGCUUGUAGAAUACCCUUUAUGAAUAAAACUGAAUAACUUUUUCUGAAUAAACUUAACAAUAUUUGAAAGCUUUACUGCCUCGAUUUCCAAAUCAAUCAUGUGAUUCAUAUUUUCACAAUCAAUAUCUGAAGUUAUAAUAUUCGACAUUAAACCUAUAUUUAACUUGAAGAGUUGAAAAUAUUGUAUGUAAAUUCACCUAUAUGUAUUCGAGUCGAGAACUUACAGAUAUUAAAAAUAAAAUGUAGAAACAAUCAAAACCAAAUUCAACGAAAACAUCUUGAAUAAGGGUCAUUUUGAAACGAUGUACCUAAAAGAAUUAUGUAGGUACUUCCAUUUUGUACCUCGCUGUGUGAAUAGGUAAUAUAAAUAAAGAAUCGCACAUCAUGGAAGUAAACAGUCAUUAAAUGUUUAUAGAUUUAUUGUUACAGUCGAAAUUAUUGUAUAUUAAUAUUACCUGAUUUUAUUAGUGUAAAAUAAAUAAUGCGUAAUGCCUGCUGUUAA